UGUCUGAUUGGAAUGAAGUUUAUGAAAGAAAAUGAAGAAUGUUUUGAGAUUAAAAUGAAGACUCUUGAAUUUUUGGUUUGGAAUGGCAUUGAAGAAACCUCCUUAUCGAGUAUUGAUUGCUAUGAUGGUAUUAUGGAGCACAGCUUUGAAUUACUGUUUUCAAACUUUUUUUCCUGUGACUCUUAUUGCCAUGUUAGACAGAAACAAAACAGUAAAAUUGGAAAACGGUACAGAGACAUCUCAAAUGCCACCAGACUAUGGUCCUAGGUACCCUUGGACUCCUUUUCAAGAGGGACAACUCAUUGGAGCCUACUUUUACGGUUAUUCCAUCAGUUCUCUACCAGGCGGUCCUAUAGCUGAGUAUUUUGGACCUUACUGGACUGUUAUUGUUAGCUCUUCGAUAUGUGCUGCUAUUACCUCGGCCUCUGUAUUUGCAGUUAUGGAAAAUUGGGUCCCCCUUUUUGUUUGUAGGCUGCUUGUUGGUUUGUCAGGAGGCGUUCAGUAUCCUUCUCUGCAGUGCCUCAUGGGCGCCUGGGCACCCCCAAAUGAAAAAGGCAAGUUCACAGCAUGCCUCAUGGGUAACGUUCUUGGUUGUGUUAUCACUCAGUCGAUUGUUGGUUUUCUUGUUUCUACGAUGGGCUGGACCUGGGGUUUCUACUUCACUGGAAUGAAUUCAGCGCUGUUCCUCAUAGGAUGGGUGUUGUUGGUUUCCGAUUAUCCAGAGCAGAACUGGUUUUGUGGAGCCGAAGAAGUGGCUUACAUAAAGGAAUCUCAUGCCGGGUCUGUUAAAAUAGGAAAGUCGAAGCCACCUAUAUUGCAGAUCCUGACGUCCAUACCCUUCCUUAGUUUGAUUAUUGGUCAGUUCGGAAGCCUUUGGGGCUUGUAUUUAUUGCUGACGGUCGUGCCUAAAUUCAUGGCAGACGUUCUUAAAUUCAAUUUGAAAGGAGUUGGUUUCUUAUCUUCGACGCCAGGCAUCUCCAGAUUGAUAUCAGGUUUUAUAUUUGGAGCAAUUGCCGAUUUCUUCAUAAAGAGGGAGUUAGUGAAGAAAGUGGUCGUAAGGAAAGGAUUCAUUACAUUUUCUCAUUUUUUGCCGGGUAUUGUGAUGUUUUUAUAUUUGGCUAUUGAGGAUAAUGUACCAAUAGCUGUUGCAUUGUUGAUUAUUAUGAUGGCUUUCAAUGGAGCAUGUGUAGUGACUAUAAUAGUCAACCCUCAAGAUUUGGCUCCUAAUUAUGCUGGUACACAGUUUGGAAUCAUGAACUUUUUUGGCAGUAUGCCUGGUUUCAUUAUUCCUGCUAAGGUGGGGGAAUUAACGAAAUAUAAGAGUGAACCUCCCGAAUGGGCAAUCAUCUUUGGUAUAACUGGUAUUAUUUAUAUCUCUACCGGUAUUGUAUUCGUCCUUUUUGGUUCUGCUGAUUUGCAGCCUUGGAAUGAAAAGAGAGAAACAGGGCCAGCUGAAGGUGGAAGAUGAAUUAAUUUUUUUAGAAUCGUUGACACUUUUGUAGAAUAAUCACUUUUAACUUUUCGAUUUUGUUGGAAUUGUGUUCAGAUAUUUCAUCAAAAGAAAAGCUUCAGUAUUUUCCUGAAUUCAUCUCCACCAUUUUUUUUCGAAAUAUCAAUUGAUGCAAUAAACAUCCUGUGUAAUUCAGUUCAUUAAAGGUAACAUGUAACAUAACAUACUAAAAACGGGUUUCUUAAAACUUUGAUUGACCGAUCAACUCGUUGAUUGUAAUUUCAAAUCUAUGAGAGUGCCAAAAAUGAACUGGAAUUGAAUACAGAAAUUUGAUCGAGCAAAACAAUACAAUAAAAGUUUCAUGAAACCCACCCAUAAGCAUGUUUAUUACUCUGAGAACGCACCAUAAAUAGUAAAUACCAAAUAUUUUCAUGAUUAUAUGGGGUAACCAGAAUCGUAGGUAAUUCAAUGAGAAUUUCGAAAAAGGAAAAUAUAAUAUUCCAUUGAAAACAUAUCGUACUGUGUUUAAACUGCCUUUAUAUACAUAAAGAAUGUUUAUUCCAAGCAAAUAUGCGAAAUUUCGUGUUGACAGCUAGUCAGAACCGCAGAAAAUUCAAGAAGAAUAUCUAAAAAACAAGAAAAGCACUGAUGUGAAGUCAGGAGCUUCUUAGGGCUGGUCAUACAUGGUUCAAUUGCACCCUUGGAAACCACAGGACUACAUAUAUGAACUGUAUAUAAUAAUAAUAAAUUGCCUUUAUUAAAAAAAAGAAAAAUACAUAUUAAGAGGCGAAGUUAAGUAUAGCUACUCAGCCUCUUUAAAAAAAACAAAAAUUUGUAAUAACAAAAAAAGUACAAUUCUUGAGAAUAAUACGAUAAAGUGAACAUAAAAUCAGUAUAUGAGGUCUUUAAUGGUGCAACUAACACACGAUGAAUGUCAAGCACUCAAAAGCCUCUGAAUUCAUGUUAGUGCUUUCCUUAUUAUUUUAUUUUCUAUGUUAUGAAAGAAAGUCAUUUUUAAUGACAAACAUUUACGUAAAGUAAGAAUCAGGCAAGAUUCAAGAAAUGCUUUGAGUAUUUCAUGGUACUUGUUCUCUAAAACUGUUUCAAACGUUUAUCAUUCAAAGAAAAGCUUCCUUAUAGGAUAUGGAUUGGCUUCAUGAUAGUUUGGGCCUCUUUUAUGGGUUUCGUAUUCUUUGGGCAUUUUCAAAUGAGUAUUUUGGCGAUGAUGUAUAAAGAACAUCGAAAUACAACGAUGUCGAACGUCACUCAGGAAGAUUUAGGUAAAGCGAAUAUAAUUAAUGAAUCGAAAGAGAAAUGUACCAAAAAUUUUUCAUAUUUCUCUUGUUCUCUAUUUUUAGAGAAAUCUGAAAACUCAAUUAUUCUCUAUUUUAGUUUGGCCCUAGGUACAACUGGACUUUAUACCAGGAAGGACAAGUUAUAAAGUGCAUUCUAUUAUGGACUGAGUAUUAUGUCUUUUCCUGGUGGAAUUUUAGCAGAUUUAGUCGGAUCUUUUGAAACAAUUCUUGUUACUAACAUCAUAAUGGUAAUUGUUACCAGUGUUUCUGUACCCGUUAGUGGAGAUAACUGGAUACCACUUUUCACUUGCAGAUUCAUAAUUGGAUUGUGCUCAGUGUGUUGAAAAGUCAUUUAUAAUUGUAAUACUGAAGGCUUUAACGGCAAUACAGAUUUUGAAAGUUCCUAAUUUUCUUCCGGGCUCAAUCGAUCAAUAGAUUUUUCACAUAACUUUUCGCUACAAUUUCGAUAGGCAUCUUCAGAGGUAUAUCGACACUAGAUUUCUCUGAACUGUUUCGCCUGAUGUGUUAAAUUGAUCAUACAA